AUGGACGUGAUUUUCUAUGCAUCGUUGGGAGCGCCUGACUUUCCGUCGGUAAAGAACUCAACGCCAAAGCUGCUUCGCAAUAUGGGGGGAGGUUCGUCCCGUCCGUCGCCGCCUCCGCGCGUCCCAAAGACGCUGCCGUCUACCACUAUCUGGGUCCAGCAUUUACCUCCACUCAUAUCUGAGACAACCCAUCAAGUCAUCCUGUCCAUCGGGCAGAUUCGCAGUCAAUACCUAAUGGGGGCCAUUUCGAGCGUUGACUCCGAGGACCUUAGGUCGCUCAUUGAGAGACUCGAUGUCUUGAUUGAGGAUGCUCAUCUCUCAGCGAACAUUCGGGACUACAUCAGACUCUGUACAGAAGAGACUAUGCUGCGUUUGCUGACUGACCGUAAACCUAUCUCGCAAACGCUGUUUGAAGUCGCCCGUGCCGUGAACCCGUUCCUCGGGUCACAAGGGAUUGAUGUGGGAAAGUUGAAGGCAGGCUCUAUUUCUGCAGGAGAUGAUAACCUGCCUAUUCCUUUUAGGCCGUCUGAUACCUGUCUGAUUGAUGAGUCUGAGAAGGACCUCCUGGUCUUGUUGUAUUAUUGCGAUGUUGCCCUCCUCGAGGGGUCCAUCGAGGAGGCGCUGGCUCAGCUGUUGAAAAUGGCAAAAAAGUACGGCACCAUCAAGGACUUGGAUCUUCGCAGAGAAUCCCUUUCGGAAACCGAGAUUAACAUUCACUGGAUCUUGUUCUACUUGGAGAAUAAGAUCUCCCUAGCGAUAGCCGCCGGUGGAAGCCCACCCGAGUCUGGAGCCAAGCUCGACUUUGAGAGGAGCACUCGAAUGAGUCGAUUAUUAACGAUUGGUGAGAUGUUGCUCUCUGAGGGAAGAUUGGACCAAGUCUGCUUUCUGUUGAUACCUUUGCGGCGAUGCAUCGCAGGCCAGGACAAACCUUGGUGGCGGUCGAGGACGAGGCGCCUACUUAAAGGUAUCAAGAAGACGAGAGCCGGGAGGCAGAAAUGGCAUAUACAGGUUGCGGAUAAACAUCUACUUUGUAUAAAGGGCCUGGAGACUGACAGUGGGAAGUCGUGGGGUUGGCGUGGCUCUUCCACGAUCCGGCCCGAGACAAUUGAGAUGGGGAAGGUAAAGGGCGACUGA